AGGUCGUUCAAGUCCAUACUGAACAAGCUCACGCCGCAAAACUUCGAAAAGUUGCUCGAGAAGGUUCUCGACGAGGGCAUCUCCACGGCGCAGACGUUGAUCGGUUUGAUCGCGCAGCUAUUCGACAAGGCGCUCACUGAGCCGACUUUCGCGGAACUGUACGCGACGAUGUGUCAGCACCUCAGCGAUCGUUUCUUAUCCGAGAAUAUUGAAUUUCUAGAUCCGGAGUCGGACCCGGACGUCGCGGAGCCAAAGAGAAUCACGUUCAAGCGCGUCCUCCUGAACAAGUGCCAGGAAGAGUUCGAGAAGGGAGACGCCGCGAUCAAGGCAGACGGAGAGAUCAAGAAGGAAAAAUCCGCUGCGGAGAAGGAGCUCACGGAGCGACGAAAGCAGCUGGAGCGAGACGAGCGAAUGACGAUCGCGCGACGCAGAAUGCUCGGUAACAUCAGGUUCAUCGGCGAGCUCUUCAAGAAACAGAUGCUCACGGAGCGCAUCAUGCACACGUGCAUAAUGAAACUCCUAGGUGAGACGAAGAACCCAGACGAGGAAGACGUCGAGGCGCUGUGUAAGCUUCUAAGCACGAUUGGCGGGCAACUCGACCACGCGCGAGCGAAGGACCACAUGGACGCAUAUUUCCGGCGCAUCCUCGGCCUCGCACGGUCCGACUCGAUAUCGUCCCGGCAUCGAUUCAUGUGCCAGGAUGUGAUCGAGAUGCGGCAGAAAGGCUGGAGAGAGCGACGGAAGCAAGAGGGGCCGAAGAAGAUAGACGACGUUCACAAGGACGCG